AACAAACGCCAUGUCACAGACCAAAACAGCGAAGGUUCGCGUGACCCUCUUCUUCAUCCUGGCGGGUGGAGUGCUCGCCAUGGUGGCCGUGGUGACCGACCACUGGGCCGUGCUGAGUCCACACCUGGAGCACCACAAUGAGACGUGCGUGGCAGCCCACUUCGGCCUUUGGAGGAUCUGCACCACUUGGGUUGCCAUGCACAACCAAGACAAGAACUGUGACGGCACCAUACCAGCGGGGGAAAAGAAUUGCUCCUACUUCAGGCACUUCAACCCAGGAGAGAGCUCGGAAAUCUUUGAAUUCACCACUCAGAAGGAGUACAGCAUCUCGGCAGCGGCCAUCGCUAUCUUCAGCCUUGGCUUCAUCAUCAUAGGCUCCAUCUGUGCCUUUCUGUCCUUCGGGAAUAAGCGUGAUUACCUGCUAAGGCCGGCAUCCAUGUUUUAUGCCUUUGCAGGGCUCUGCCUCAUCGUGUCGGUGGAGGUCAUGAGGCAGUCGGUGAAGCGUAUGAUUGACAGCGAGGACACGGUCUGGAUUGAGUACUAUUAUUCGUGGUCUUUCGCCUGCGCGUGUGCCGCGUUCACUUUGCUCUUCCUCGGUGGGCUGUUUCUCCUGCUGUUCUCCCUGCCUCGGAUGCCCCAGAACCCCUGGGAAUCCUGCAUGGACGCUGAGUCAGAGCACUAGAUCAAAGCAGAGUCUUUCGGAGGUGAGGAGGGAGUCUCACAUCUGCCCUGACUUCUUGUCUAUCGUGUGUCUCUCCCUCUGAGCUCCUCUACAAACAGUGCACAUGGACACAACCCAGACCUGCCCAGGUCAGAGGAAGC